GAAAUUGGAAAGUUGGCGGGGCUGCGGGAGCUGAGUCUGGAGCUCGGCUGUUGGCUAGAGUGGGCGCGGAUCUGGUGUGGGGAAGGCGAAGGGACUCAGGCCUGCCUGCGAAGCAUUGUCCUACAUAAUGGUAGAGGAUGAACUGGCACUGUUCGAUAAAAGCAUAAAUGAAUUUUGGAAUAAAUUCAAAAGUACGGACACCUCCUGUCAGAUGGCGGGACUAAGAGAUACCUACAAGGACUCCAUCAAAGCAUUUGCAGAAAAGCUGUCUGUGAAAUUAAAGGAAGAAGAACGAAUGGUUGAGAUGUUCCUGGAAUAUCAAAAUCAGAUCAGCAGGCAAAAUAAGCUCAUUCAAGAAAAAAAGGAUAACUUGUUAAAAUUGAUUGCUGAAGUAAAAGGCAAAAAGCAGGAAUUGGAAGUACUGACUGCAAAUAUCCAGGAUCUUAAGGAAGAAUAUUCUAGGAAGAAGGAAACUAUUUCUACUGCUAAUAAAGCGAAUGCAGAGAGGUUGAAAAGGCUGCAGAAAUCUGCAGACUUGUAUAAAGAUCGACUUGGACUAGAAAUUCGAAAAAUUUAUGGUGAGAAAUUGCAGUUUAUAUUCACUAAUAUUGACCCUAAGAAUCCUGAGAGCCCAUUUAUGUUUUCCCUGCAUCUAAAUGAAGCAAGGGACUAUGAAGGCUCUGCUUGACCCCCUCGUAGGCCUGCUGUGCUCUGUUGCCACCCAAAUCCAGAGGAAAAAGACAUCUAAGUCCUCACUGCUGUUGUCUACCAGAUAACUCUGUGACUUCAGGCAAGCAGCUGAACCCACCUUGGACUCAGUCUCUUUCUGUGACACCAGGGGUUAUACUGGAUCAUCUCUAGGGUCUCCUAGAAUUCAGAAACUCUAGGAACCAAGGAGCCUCUUCCUUGUCUGUCUCCACCCAUCCAUCUUUUAGCUGACUGUUUCAAGCUAAUAAUCAUGAAUGCAAAGUGCUGUGA